AAAAGUUGAAGAAAUAUCCUCCUCCUCUUCUUCUUCUCCAAUUCAUUAAAGAAGAGAGAAAAAUCCUCACCUUUUUUUCUUUUCCUAUAAAAGGCAGCUCCAUUUCAUUCUUCAGCACCAUCUUUCCUGAGCUUUCUGCACAGGGAAAACAAACCCAUUUGCUUAAUUUAUACUAGUUGCUUGCUAUCUGAAAAUGAGGGAAAUUCUUCACGUUCAAGCAGGGCAAUGUGGGAACCAAAUCGGCGGCAAGUUUUGGGAGGUGAUGUGCGACGAGCAUGGGAUUGAUGCAACCGGGAAGUAUGUUGGUGAUUCUCGUCUUCAACUUGAGAGGAUUAAUGUGUACUAUAAUGAAGCUAGCGGUAACCGUUACGUGCCUAGAGCUGUGCUCAUGGACCUUGAACCGGGUACCAUGGAUAGCCUCCGUACUGGUCCUUUCGGCCAGAUAUUCCGGCCGGAUAACUUCGUUUUCGGCCAAAAUGGCGCCGGAAACAACUGGGCUAAGGGGCAUUAUACUGAAGGAGCGGAAUUGAUCGAUUCUGUGCUCGACGUUGUUCGUAAAGAAGCAGAGAAUUGCGAUUGCUUACAGGGGUUUCAAAUUUGUCAUUCGCUGGGAGGAGGAACAGGGUCUGGAAUGGGGACCCUUUUGAUAUCAAAGAUCAGGGAAGAAUACCCUGAUAGGAUGUUGCUGACUUUCUCUGUUUUCCCCUCUCCCAAGGUCUCGGAUACGGUGGUUGAACCCUACAACGCCACCCUCUCCGUCCACCAGCUAGUCGAAAACGCCGACGAGUGCAUGGUCCUUGACAAUGAAGCCCUAUACGAUAUCUGCUUCAGAACUCUCAAGCUCACAAAUCCCAGCUUUGGUGAUCUAAACCACUUGAUUUCAACAACCAUGAGUGGAGUAACAUGCUGCCUCCGCUUCCCCGGCCAACUCAACUCCGAUCUCCGGAAACUAGCAGUCAAUUUGAUCCCAUUCCCCCGCCUGCAUUUCUUCAUGGUCGGUUUUGCGCCCUUGACGUCGCGUGGUUCCCAACAGUACCGUGCCUUGACCAUCCCCGAGCUCACCCAACAGAUGUGGGACGCCAAGAACAUGAUGUGCGCUGCCGAUCCUCGCCAUGGGAGGUACUUGACAGCCUCAGCUCUGUUCCGAGGCAAGAUGAGCACCAAGGAAGUGGACGAACAGAUGAUCAAAGUACAGAACAAAAACUCUUCUUAUUUCGUUGAGUGGAUCCCAAACAAUGUGAAAUCAAGUGUUUGUGAUAUUCCCCCAACCGGGUUAUCAAUGUCUUCCACUUUCAUGGGGAACUCCACGUCCAUCCAAGAGAUGUUCAGGCGGGUGUCGGAGCAGUUCACGGUCAUGUUUAGGAGGAAAGCGUUUUUACAUUGGUACACCGGAGAGGGGAUGGAUGAGAUGGAGUUUACAGAGGCAGAGAGUAACAUGAAUGAUUUGGUUUCCGAGUAUCAGCAGUACCAGGAGGCUGCUGCAGAGGGUGACGAAGAGUACGAGGAGGAAGCCGCGUAACAUUUUGAGUGGAUUUUGAAUGAAUUUUGGCUAUGUCCGUCGCCGGAAAAAUGUAUGGUUAAGUGUGAUUUUUGACCUUUUUGAUGUUCAAUAAGGAGGCCCUGAUUCAGAUAUGCUGAAGCUUUGGUGUUCUCUGUAAUGUGAAUUUGUGAUUGUGAUUGUCUGGAUGUAAAUUUGCAUUGUAAUUUCCAUAACUGUAAAAAAGUGUCUAUUUGUAAUUAUCCAUGGGAGAGCAAUAAAAUCCAUUGAAAGAA